CUUUCUGAAAACCUCGGCUUCUGCUUCAACCUUGGAUUCUAAGAGUUUCUUCUGUGCUUCUAAGAUUGACCCGUCUCCGAACAACCAUACAAACCAACCUACAAGCUUGUUGAUGACCCCGCAGACCACCCUUCUGGUUACGCACCGACAUGUAGAAUUGGGGUUGGUGUCGGUGUCGGUGUUGGAACUUGCCAUGCUUGGAAGUGGUUGUCAGCGCCCAACAGAAAGGAUAGGACAUGGGAAUCGAAUUGUUCUGCUUCUUCAGAUCGCUGAUACUGAUGACGAGGGAUUGUUUAUGUCUGUUUAUAUGCAUUUGGUCACAUUCAUUCUCUUCUUCUAUAGCUGCGCAAGGCAUAUUAGAGACUACGCAAGACCUGAAUAGAAGAAGGGGGGGCUGCAUCGACCUCGUUUGCAGGCCGGAGCAAAGAGGCGCGAUGUCUGAGGGGUUGG